CACCCUAUCGCCGGCGAGUAUAAAUCCAAGAACCCACUGCGGGGUAGGCGAUUAAGCUAAAGACGUAUAGAUCUGUACUCCUUUGUGUUCGCUUGGGGGUGGGGUGAAGUGAGUCAUUCCGACGUAUCCAGAAUUAAUUUUCGUAUCAAGGCCUAUCGAUUCCGGCACGCGGACACCGGCGAGCAUCGCUCCAAACGACCAGGUUAGACUCGGAGCUCCGUAUACGUCUUUACCUAGGUACCUAAGUACGCAUUUGGAGAGGGAAAAAAAAUAGCUACGAUAUCGAUAUCAAUCUUUAUAAACUUCGAACCUACCUAGUAUAUUGGAUUGAAAAUGCGCAACUAUAACCAUAACGCCACAGGAGACCAAAGCACAUACAUAUAAACAGAUCCAAUCUCUUGGUUACAAAGCAUCAUUUCUCACACAACUUACUUCCUCUAGCUUGAGUACCGUUGUACGAUUUAUAAGAUGGGUUCUACAGAUCACAAAGACCGCGGUGUCCGUAUCGCGAUUGAUCGCGGCGGUACUUUUACGGACUGUGUUGGCACUCUGAACGGAAAGAAUGUUGUGAUUAAGCUCCUCUCUGAGGAUCCGGCUAAUUAUGACGAUGCGCCGCUAGAAGGCAUCCGGCGUAUCAUGAGUCACUUUGAAAGACGAGAAAUUCCUCGAGGCGAAGCUCUAGACACCUCCAAGAUCGAUAGCAUACGCAUGGGCACCACGGUGGCAACCAAUGCCCUGCUAGAACGUAAGGGCGAGAAGAUGGCAAUGGUCGUGACCAAGGGCUUUCGGGACUGCCUCGUGAUCGGCAACCAGAGCCGUCCCAAGAUCUUCGACCUCGCUAUUAAGAAACCGGACGUCCUAUACGAGGACGUUGUCGAGGUAGACGAGAGAGUCACGCUUGAGGACUACGCCGAGGAUCCGGAGCGGAGGUUAAGCAAAACCGACGCGAAGGUUGGAACGGCGGAAGGGGCAAAGGCAGAUCUCGUGAUGGGUCUCUCGGGAGAGGCAGUGCGUAUCUUACAACGACCAGAAGAAGAGAGGAUCAGGGACCAGUUGAAGAGCAUAUUUGAUAAAGGUAUCAGAAGUAUAGCCGUGUGUCUUAUGCACGGCUACACAUUUCCAGACCAUGAGGCGUUGGUGGGCAAGAUUGCGAGGGAAAUCGGCUUCGACCAUAUUUCACUUAGCCAUGAGCUCAUGCCUAUGAUUAAACUGGUCUCGCGCGCGACAAGUGUUUGCGCUGAUGCGUACCUAACCCCAGCAAUCAAAAAGUACAUUGCUGGAUUUCAGAAGGGAUUCGCCGGAGGUCUGGGAACGAGGAGCGUGCUCCAGCAAGAGGGUAGCAAAGGCGCACGAUGCGAGUUCAUGCAGAGUGAUGGUGGAUUAGUGGACGUCGACAAGUUCACCGGAUUAAAGGCUAUCCUGUCUGGUCCUGCAGGUGGAGUGGUGGGCUAUGCCAUCACGAGCUACGAUGAAGAGACCAAAAUUCCAGUCAUUGGAUUUGACAUGGGCGGCACCAGCACUGACGUCUCGAGAUACGGAGAGGGCCGAUACGAGCACGUUUUUGAGACGACAACAGCGGGCGUUACGAUCCAAUCCCCUCAACUAGAUAUUAACACCGUUGCUGCCGGAGGCGGGAGCCGGCUCUUUUUUAAAAACGGUCUUUUUGUUGUCGGACCGGAGUCAGUAGGAGCCCAUCCCGGCCCUGCCUGCUACCGCAAAGGAGGACCUGCUGCGGUGACGGACGCAAACUUGUUCCUAGGUCGUUUACUGCCAGAAUUCUUCCCAAAAAUAUUCGGAAAGAACGAGGACGAGGGCUUGGAUUUCGAAGCGAGCAAGAAAGUAAUUCAAGAGCUGACCGAUCAGGUCAAUAAAGAAACCGGGAAGAAUAUGACUUUGGACGAAGUAGCCUACGGUUUCUUGACGAUAGCCAAUGAGGCCAUGACGAGGCCGAUCCGGUCAAUCACCGAAGCAAAGGGACAUGAUUCCUCAAAACACCGACUGGCAACGUUUGGUGGCGCUGGCGGUCAACAUGCCGUCGCGAUUGCAGAGGCUCUAGGUAUCAAGCAGAUCCUGGUCCAUAGAUAUUCUUCAGUUCUAUCGGCGUACGGCAUGGCAUUAGCAGACGUCGUGGAUGAGAGACAAGAACCGGACUCGGCAGUGUGGAAAGACACUGGUGAGGUAAUCAGUGGACUGAAAGCAAAGAUGGAAAGGCUGAGAGAAAAGUCACGCUUAGCCCUGCUGGACCAAGGUUUCGAAGAUAGCGAGAUUGUUUUCGAAGAGUACCUAAACAUGAGAUAUCGUGGUACAGAAUCGGCUCUCAUGAUCAUCAAGCCUAACGAAGAGGAGGCAAAGGCAUCUUACAAUGGCGAGGAUUGGGCAUUCGACAAGGCCUUCGUAAACAACCACCGUUACGAAUUCGGAUUUACUCUCGACGAUAGAGAUAUAAUCGUGGACGAUGUACGAGUUCGUGGUAUAGGAAGGAGUUUUAGAUACCAAGAUAAAACCGUGGAUCAACAGCUGAAGGAAGUCAAACGGCAAGCGGUCGGUGACAACAAAGCACAUGGCAAAUCCCAAGUCUAUUUCGAGGGUGGUCGAUUAGAAACGCCCAUCUAUAAGCUCGAGGACUUAUCAGUCGGCGACGAAAUUAACGGACCUGCUAUGUUAGCAGACGGCACACAGACCAUCGUGGUGACCCCAAAGGCGAAGGCGCUAAUUCUCGAGACACAUGUUGUUAUUGACCUAGAGAAGGAUAACAAGGAUGACUCGCAUAAAAAUGAGUCGUCUGAACGAGAAGCUGACCCUAUCAUGUUGAGUAUAUUCGGCCACCGGUUUAUGGCUAUUGCGGAACAGAUGGGCAGGGCGCUCCAAAAGACGAGCGUGAGCACCAACGUCAAAGAACGCCUCGACUUUUCGUGUGCUAUAUUCGAUUCAACCGGUGGGCUUGUAGCAAAUGCUCCUCACUUACCGGUCCAUCUAGGGUCUAUGUCGACCUGUGUCAGGACGCAGGCAAAGAUCUGGGAAGGCAAGUUGAAAAAGGGAGAUGUGAUAAUAUCGAAUCAUCCGUCAUUCGGUGGCACUCACCUGCCAGAUAUCACCCUUAUCAUGCCUGCAUUUGACGAGAAGGGAGAGAAAAUACUGUUCUACGCGGCAUCGCGUGCACACCACGCAGACAUUGGUGGAAUCACAGCGGGUAGCAUGCCACCGCAUUCGAGAGAACUGUUUGAAGAAGGUGCAUCUAUUAAGAGUGAAAAGAUCGUGAGCGAAGGCAAAUUCGACGAGAAGAGAAUCACGGAGCUUCUCUACACUGAACCGGCACAAUACCCCGGUUGCAGUGGCACUCGAUGCUUAGCAGAUAACCUCAACGAUCUCCGGGCCCAGGUCUCCGCGAACCAAAAGGGUAUCUCCCUCAUCGAGGGCUUGAUACAAGAAUAUGGUGAAGAAACAGUGCAAUUCUAUAUGGUGAACAUUCAACAUAACGCUGAGCUCUGCGUCCGACAGCUGCUCAAGCACGUUUACAAGAGGUUUGAGGGAAGAGACUUGACUGCGAUAGAUUACAUGGAUGACGGGUCCCCGAUUCAAUUACGCGUUACUAUCGAUCCAGAGAAAGGAGAAGCGGACUUUGACUUUAAAGGUACAGGCCCCCAAGUCUACGCCAAUAUCAACGCACCAGAAGCCAUUACCUUCAGCGCCAUAAUAUACUGUCUACGCUGUCUCAUAUCGGAAGAUAUCCCGCUGAAUCAGGGCUGCCUAAAACCAAUCACUGUCAGGAUUCCUCCCAAAUCGCUCCUAUCGCCCUCGGAAGGAGCCGCCGUAGUAGGCGGCAACGUACUGACUAGUCAGCGGGUCACGGAUGUCAUCUUUAAGGCCUUCCAGGCGUGCGCGGCCAGCCAGGGAGACUGCAACAAUUUGACCUUCGGCUUCGGCGGCAACGUCUCGGGCCAGAAGGAGGUCAAGGGUUUCGGCUACUACGAGACGAUUGCGGGCGGCAGCGGCGCGGGCCCCGAUUGGGAGGGUACCAGCGGCGUCCACACGCACAUGACGAACACGCGCAUCACAGACUCCGAGAUCUUCGAGCGCCGUUACCCCGUGCUUCUGCGCCAGUUCUCCAUCCGCCAGGGCUCAGGUGGCAACGGCCAGCACCGCGGAGGCGACGGCGUGAUCCGCGACAUCGAGUUCCGGAUCCCGAUGCAGGUGUCAAUCCUUAGCGAGCGCCGGGUAUACCACCCGUACGGCCUCGCGGGCGGCGAGGACGCCCAAUGCGGGCUAAACAUCUGGGUCCGCCGCGUGCAGAAGACGAACCCGGAGAAAGACCUAGCGGCGCAGGGCGAGCACCUGCAGCAGCCAAGUGACGUCGACUACGAGGAGCGUUACAUCAACUUGGGCGCUAAGAACAGCUCUCCCAUGAAACCUGGUGAUCGCAUCAUCAUCAACACGCCCGGCGGAGGGGGCUGGGGUAAGGUCGGGGAGGAGAAGGUCAAGAGAGAGCGGAAGGACCAUACCGAGGCCUGGAGAAAGGGGAGCCACGCCGCUCGUGAAGACGUUGCUUUACAGGUGUAGGGUCACCUGAGGAGGACUCUGAUAAAAGAGGGGGUUGGAAAUAAAAUGUUCUUUUCUUCGUACAUAUCAAGGGGGAGUGCGUGUAUCAUAAUGUCUCUGAAGCAAUAUCUCAACCCAUAUGAAUCUCCGAAUCCUAGAAAACCUUGUCCGUUCACAUACUACUGCCGCGGUAACAUGAAAUUACUUACCUACCUAAUCAUACAAGCUCUCGUAUAAUAACAGAAUGGGACUCUAUCGUGCUCUACCUGAAACGUCGUCGUUCAUCCCCAUCGGCACAGCUAUUCAAAUUAGGAAGGUUGAGUUACAAGAUGAGAGCGUUUAAUGAUGCUUAGAAACAGGCGGCCUAUCAGACGGUCCCGUUGCCUCUGACGGAUCUGAUCAGCCCAACCCAACGACCCGGGACCAGCUACGGAGGAACGAGACGCGUGGCAAGCGGCGGUCCCGAUUUUGGUUGGUGGCGCGGAGAUUUGUUAAUCAGUGAGUGCUCGGGAAAGGGGGGGAAGGUUGGGGGCUAGGUGCCUAGGUAGGUAAUCGG